AUGCGUGCGAUUAUCCAGAGAGUGGCUAGGGCUUCUGUGAAAGUCGGAGAAGAGGUGGUGGGAUCAAUUGGACGUGGUGUGUGCGUACUGGUAGGAAUUUCAAGGGAUGACACUGACGAUGACAUCGAGUACAUUGUUCGGAAGAUUUUAAAUGUGAGGCUGUUCGAUUCGGAAAACAAACGUUGGGAGAGAUCUGUGAAAGAUGAAGGAUUGGAAGUGCUAUGCGUCAGUCAAUUCACCCUAUAUGGAUAUUUGAAAGUAUUUGUAUUUCAUGGCAAUAAACUUGAAUUCCACAAUGCAAUGAAUCCCCAAGAUGCCAGUGUGUUCUACGGUCGCUUUAUGGAUAAACUUCGGUCUUCUUAUUUACCAGAAAAUGUUCAGGAUGGUCGAUUUGCAUCAAUGAUGAACGUGGAAAUUGUUAAUGAGGGACCUGUCACAAUUACUCUUGAUAGUAAAAUUAGAAACUGA